CGAGAAAGGGCGCCGGACGAGCCACUACCUGCUGCUACUACUACUACCACUGCUUUGGCUCUGUCGGGCUGCCAUGCCUGGCAUCAAUAACUCAAUAUGACUACUGUCAUCGGGUUCGCUCAUCCCGUCUUCGACGAAAUUGAGAAGCAACUCGAGGCAGAAUACCUCUUCUUACCAUCGGAUUCGCGCGAGUUUAGAUCGAACACGAAGAAAAAAGACAAGUUUCUGCAAUGCCGCCGGUCGCACACGAAGACGACAAAUAAGAAAUGCACACUUCGUGCGGCGCCCAAAGGCGACAAGGACGAUAUGAUCGAGCUGCUGAAGAAGAUCGGAGCCUUGUCGCAUGACACCAACAGCAAAGAGUUUUUUGAGAAUGUCCACGACUUUGUUAAACGGACGCACUGCGGCCGUCACCAUCGGGACGAAGCUGUAGAGAAGCUGCAAAAGUGGAACGCCGCGAGACAAGCGGAAGACGCCGCCUUGGACACGCAAGCAGCAGCUCGCGAGGAAGAGCAUGGGAGCAGUCGUGUGGACUCUUUGCCUGAUACUGAGGCCGUUUCUGGGCGCCCGGCCCUCGGCCCAACGGAUGAGCCAAGCGAAGAGGCGGGCCCAGAGAUACUUGACUUCGCCGAGUCACUGGAUCAGGACGAUGGCGACUCAGAGCAUUUUGUAUACAUAUCGGACGAUUCAACUGAAAGUCUGGACUACACAGAUUGCUUUGACAGUUUCAUCGAUGACAGCAAUGACACUUCGUGCGUUACGACACCCGAUAGCGAAGAGCCCGCCGAGGAGCCCGCCAAGGAAGUUCGCCAAAGCCCUGAUCCGGCUGAGGAAGCACCAGAGCCCGCCGAGGAAAGCCGCCAGAGUCCCGAUCCCGCAGACGAGGCACCCGAAACUACCUCUUCUGUCGAGCAGCCCGACGGCCACGACGAGGUCAACCGCCUUCACUUUGACGAGGUCAGGAUGGUAGUAGCCGGUAUGAGCCUGCCGAGCGUGCAGUCAGGCGGAUCCAUCAAGGACGGCCUCAAGGUCUACCUCGAGAUGGACAAGGCCCUGACGCCGAAACAGAAGCAGGUCGGCAUCGUCUACAUCCUACGGCACCGCACGAAAAGCGGCAUGUUCAAGAUCGGCUGGACGACGUACACGGCCGAAGUGCGGCGGCGCAGAGUGUGCGACGGCGAGGACUCGGAGGUGCUGUACGAGACGGAGAGGCCCUUCUUUGCCGCCUUCAAGGCCGAACGGCUGGCGCAUGCUAAGCUCGCACGACAGGCUGCGCACGUCAGGGACUGCGUGAGCUGUGGCGGCGGGCACCAGGAGUGGUUCCGGUCCUCGGUGCGGGAGGUGCGGGAGGCGGUGCUCCUGAUGGAGACGUUCGUGCGGCUGCCGGCGUACACGCUGCGGGGCGACGGGAUGGAGCUUUCGCGGCGCGCGCGCGCGCUGCUUGAUGGGCUCGUUGAGCUCGACACGGAUAGGAUGUGGAAGUGGAUGGCGGAGGUGAGCGGUCGGAGCAACGCCCCUGGUUCUUCUACUGGUGAAGCCAAACCGACCUCUCAACCGGCCGCUGCUCAUACGGACGCUCAACCAGACGCUCAACCGAACGUUCAACAUGAAGUGUCUGUGGAAGAGGCUGCAGGCCACGCUGGUGUUGACGCGGCCGAAAGUGCUGCCACCACGAGUCCCCAAGAGACUCCGACCAAGGGCUCAGCGCGCCGGGAAAGUUCCCUUGCCUUCAAGACGGGGCAACUCUUGCGAGCCGUCGCGGACACGCCUAGCGUAUGGAGCGAACGGCUUCGGGGACGGCGGCAGUCCGGAGCAAAGACCCACCACCACGGAGACGACGACGCGGAGCGGCAAGCGCCGCAAGCCAGUCCCGAUAAGCGAGCGGCGAGUCUGGCGGACCUGGAGGAAUCGUGGGCCAUGUAUAUCUGGAGGAUGCUACCGGACGGACUCAAGGCCGGGGAGCCGGAGGACUUGCGGGACGACCAACCCAAGGACAUGGCCUUCUUGAGCAAGGUCACGAAGCAAGGGUUUCAGAACCUGACGAAGGAUAUCAGGGAUGGAUAUAGAGGCGAGGAUCCCGGGCUAGGCGACGGGGUCGGCGAGGUCACUACGGCUACGGCGGUGACGGAGGCAGGACUGAAGCAGGCAAGGGCUCCAAGAUGUGUGACGCCGUGACACACUCCAUUUCAUUUUCACACUGGGCUGAGCGGCGUUGAUUGGACUGCGGUAUGGAUGAGAAGAGUCUCUUGAUGUAUGAUGCAAGCCGUAUGAUGUAUGCCAUAAUGACAGCAUGAAGCGAGCGUGCUUGGUUCUGACUUCGGGGAACAUAAAGGGUCGCUGGUGAACACGGAGCGCGGGCAACUGUGGGUCGUCGGGAUCUAUCCAGGGCUGACUUGGGUGGCAUCUAUUCUUAGAUGAACUGCUCCCCCCGAGCGCCGGAAGAAGUCGAGGAGGGUGGGUGGCUGCAGGCUGUUGUCAUGCCGCGGGCCUCCGCGCGUGGCCUGGUUGGUGUGCGAGGCGGCCUUGCUCCAAGCUCCUUUCGAUUCAGUGUCUCGUCACGCGCAAGCGACUGUCGGGUGUACGACCUCGGCUGGUAGGGGCGGCAUCUGUCUACAAAUGCCAUGGCUUGUUGUUACAUGGUGACCGAGAGU